AUUUCUCGAGUUAACUUAUUACAUAAUUAGAAUGGUAAUUGAAAAUCAUGAUAAUGAUUUAAUAGAUUUAGGAGCCUUAGAUUAAUCCUUAGUUGGGACCUGUUAUUGCAAAAUAAUUGUAAAUUAUUAUUAAAUAACCUAUUGAUGGUAAAAAUUAAAAUAUAUAGCAUUAGGAGUACAUGUGAUAUUUAAUGAACAAGAUGUUUUUGAUAUUUAAGCAGAUAUCGAAGGUCCAGGUAAUUAAAAUAGUAAAAGUUUUAGUUGAUACUCCGUUUUAAGGAGGUAUUUUUAGAUGCAAAUUAAUUUUACCACCUUAGUUUCCAUAAGUAGCACCAAAAGGUAUUAUAUACUAAUAUUUUAGGAUUGUUUAAUACUAAAAUAUUUCAUCCAAAUGUAUCAGAAAAAGGAGAAAUAUGUGUUAAUACAUUAAAAAAAGAUUGGAAUCCUCUUUAAUGGUCGUUAAAGAAUAUUUUUGAAGUAAUCAAAUGUCUUUUGAUUGUCCCAUUCCCUGAAAGUUCAUUAAAUGAAGAAGCAGGCAAACUCUUCAUGGAAAAUUAUGAUGAAUAUUUUAAAAGAGCAAAAUUACUUACAGGCAUCUAUGCUAUUAAAUAAGAUGGAAAUGUUUUAAAAGGAAAUAAUUAAGUAAAAAACAUAAAAUAUAUUAAAGAAUGUUAAUGAUGAUGCUGAUAAGAAAAAUAAAUUAACAUAGACACAACAAAAAAAAGAAAACGAUCAAAAAAAAUGGCUGAAAAGAAUAUGAUUACUAAUAAUUAUUUAAAAAGUCAUUUAUAUAUACAUAAUCCCUG